UUCUGCAACUUAAUGACGAUUGUUUACACGCCGUAUGUAAAUACUUGAGUUUGGACGAUCGCUUCAACGUUUCACAAGUUUGUACGCGACUGCGUCAAUUGGUUCACGAACGCCCUACACCCAGUCAAAAAAUUGAAUUUGACUUCGAAGACAAUCCUCCAAAGAGACAACUUCUUUUGGAAAGCAGAACUAUAAUAGAACUGCACGUUAAAGGUAGCCAUGGGAAGGAAGACUGCGAAAUGCUCUCCAGGAGCAUACAACGGAUGAUAAAACUUGAACGGUUGAUAAUAAAACUAAUUUCUGCUCUACACGAUUGUUGCUUUUGUAAACAAUCUCUUUUCAAAGCCAGUAGUCAAUUGCCGAUCUUGAGAAUCCUUGAGCUAACUUCAGGCGCUGCUUGUCUAGAAGCAUUGCGCUCCUUCAGGCAUCUUGAAGAGCUCACGCUGCAUAUAAACAAUAUAAAUGCUGGCCAUUUGAUGGAAUGUUGCAAAUCAAACACGAAACUCCGUGUAUUAAAAUUGUGUGGCUCGGGCGCCGAAGGUAGUCUGGAAGGCAUUGCUGCGCUCUGCAACAACGUCGAAGAACUGGAAAUACUUCUCGAAAGCAAUAGGGAUUAUUCCCCGUUUGCUAAGCUGCUGAACUUGAAAAGACUGACUAUUUAUUGCGCUCAAAGCGACCUGGCUAGAAGAUUUUUGAACGGUUUUAGUACUGAAAAAUUAGAAGAAAUUGAGUUGUUUAGAAAGAUAUAUGGAAUAACUGACCUUAAGUUAAGUAAGAAAAUUGUUAGUAUGAAGGCUUUAAAAUAUUUAGAUGGUUAUUUCAAUGAUACCAAAUGUUUAGAGCUGUUGACGCAGUUACACGAUUUAGAAGAACUUUUUAUUGACGUGUGGUACGAUGGGGGUUUCUCUUCAUCAAUAUUGAAAAUAGUACAGGUUUGCCGAAAACUUCAAAUUCUGCACGUAGGGGGUGAAUCAUUUAAAGGAAACGAAUUCGUAUUUAAAGUAUUGGAAGUAUUAAAGAAAGUUAGAGAUCCCACGACACAAAAGCCACUGCUGUUGGAACUGGAACAUUGUACGGCGCUUACGGCGACAGAAAUGCAAAAAAUUGACCACGCAUAUUUGGACCUUUACAUCAUAAAUUACGAAGAUUAUAGUGACACUGAUGUAUUAAUGAUAGUGUGAAGACUUAAACCUGAUUCCUAUGAAUAUAUUACACAUAAUUAACAAUCACAAGUGGCCUACAGUCGAUUAAAGUUGUGAUAUUCAUGUGUAUAUUCUACAUUUUA